AUGCGGCAGAGGGUAUUCAUUAUAAUAGCAUACAAGCUUCUCAAGGUAAUGAGAUAUCUCCUAGGUUCCUUCGAUCACAGAAUUCCUCUCAUAGAUAAAGCAAUACCUGUUAGUAAGUGGCCUUAUAGAUAUCCUAGAAUAAAGAAGGAUGUCAUCGAGAAGUUUGUGCAGGAAAUAUUGGAUCAGGGAGUGAUACAACAUAGUACCGGUCCUUAUGCUUCUCAUGUUGUUUUAGUGGGAAAAAAAGAUGGUAGCUGGAGGCUUUGUGUUGAUUACAGAGAUCUAAAUCAGCUGACUGUUAAGGAUAAAUUCCCUAUACCAAUUAUUGAAGAUUUAUUAGAUGAAUUGGGGGGUGCUGUGGUUUUUUCUAAAAUUGAUCUUAGAGCUGGUUAUCACCAAUUAAGGAUGGCUGUUGAUGAUGUUCAUAAGACUGCUUUCAAAACUUAUGAAGGAUACUAUGAAUUCUUAGUUAUGUCAUUUGGCUUUACUAAUGCUCCAUCAUCCUUCCAAAGUCUUAUGAAUCUGUCUUUAAAGCCCUUCUAA